CCUUGUUGAAUUCAAAAUAGGUGGCAGUCAAGGCCCUUCUGAUAAGAAAAAAAAGUAUGGUGGCGGCAGGAAAGAUAAGGCUCGCACUUCCAAAGAUGCAAAGAAAACAGAUCGAAAUAAAAAGAAGAACGUUGCUGACUCUAACAAACUAGACAACUGCCAGAAGAAGAAA